AUGGCUGCAGAAUUACCAAAUCAAAACCUAUGCCUCUCUAUGUUGUCGUGUCUCAUCUUCACCAUGAUUAUUGUGUUUAAGCUCAUAAGUAAUAGAGGAAGCAAUAAGCUCAAUCUGCCUCCAUGUCCUCCUAAAUUACCCAUUAUUGGCAAUCUUCAUCAGAUGGGAACGUUCUCUCAUCGCUCUUUGGGAUCUUUCUCAGAUAAGUAUGGCCCUCUUAUGUUGCUCCAGCUUGGUCAGAUUCCAACUCUGGUAAUUUCUUCUGCAAAUAUUGUGAGAGAAAUGGUCACUAACAGCGACAUGGCUUUCUCUUAUCGUCCCUUAAUGACAGUUGCAGAAAUCUACUUCCAUGGAGGCAAGGACGUGAGCUUUGGACCCUAUGGCGAAGACUGGAGAUACAAAAGGAAAAUCUCUGUUGUUGAAUUCCUCAGCUUGAAAAAGGUCAGAUCUUUUCAAUUCGUUAGGGAAGAGGAAGUUUCAAACUUGGUUAACAAGAUUCGUGAAGCUUGCAUGAAGAAGAAUGCGCCAGUGAAUCUGGUUAAGAUGCUUAAUGCAACCACAUGGAACAUAAAUUUUAGAUGUGUUUUUGGGAGAAAGUAUGAAAGCCUAGACGAUAAAAGUAACAGAUUUGGAGAGUUAGUGAUGAAAAUGUUGAGUCAUUUCAGAGAGUUCAGUUUUGGGGAUUACUUCCCGUCAUUGUGGUGGAUGGAUUUUGUUACAGGGCUUGUUCCCAAAGUGAAGGCCAAUUUCAGAGAAUUGGACGCUUUCGUCAACCACGAGAUUGAACAACGUAAGAGUGAGAAAAGGAAUACUGAUGAGGAUAAGGACUUCGUAGAUAUUUUGGUUGAACUUCAACAAGACGAUGAUAUGCCUGACAUUGGACUCUCCCUAGCUAGCAUCAAGACACUGAUAAUAAUGUAA